AUGGCUGAUCACUCGACUUGCCCGCCGCUGACCCGGCAAUCUGUACAGACUGCCCACAAACGCAUUGAACCUUACAUCUACCGAACAUCGGUAGCUACAUGCGAUACGAUCAACACCAUUGCCUGUACUCCCCAAUCCGAAAGACUUGACGGCCAGCCCGAAGGCGAUGUUGCUGAUUGUACCUCCAAGCUCAAUGUUAAGCUCUUCUUCAAGUGUGAGAACCAGCAACGAAUCGGAGCCUUCAAAGCCAGAGGUGCUUUCCAUGCCCUAGGCAGAUUGAUUGAAGAGGAGGGACUGGAAAACGUUCGCCGAAGAGGAGUAGUUACACAUAGUAGUGGAAAUCAUGCCCAAGCUCUUGCCCUGGCGGCCAGAACGCAUGGCGUCCCCGCACACAUUGUCAUGCCGACAAUAAGCACGCCGUCCAAGAUUGCCGGUACGAAGAGUCAAGGAGCGAACGUGAUCUACUCUGGCUCCACAAGCGAUGAGCGGGAAGCCGUAGUUGCGGACGUGAUGAGAGAAACUGGAGCAAGUCUUAUACCUCCGUACGAUCACCCCGAUAUCAUUCUCGGGCAGGGUACACAAGCUCUCGAACUGGAGCAGCAAGUGGCUGAUGUCCUUGUGCAACUACCUUCAUUGGGUGUCGAGGGCGGGACGAAGCUUGAUGCAAUUGUUGCGCCUAUUGGUGGUGGUGGCAUGCUAUCUGGUAUUUGCACAGCGAUGCACGGCACUGGCAUCAAGGUCUUCGGCGCAGAGCCCAAUUUCGAAGGCGCUAAUGAUGCCGAACGCGGUCUCAACGAAGGAACCAGAAUUGAAAAGGUGAAGACGCUGACAAUAGCUGACGGUCUACGGACUCCGGUGGGCAAGAUUCCAUGGUCGAUUAUCACCGACAAGGAAAAACUCCAUGGCAUCUACAGCGUGAGUGAGGAGCAAAUAAAAGCUGCAUUAAGACUCGCAAUGGAAAGGGCAAAGCUUUUCAUUGAACCAAGCGCUGCAGUGCCACUUGCUGUAGUGCUCUACAACGAGGAGUUCAGGAAGAUGGUGGCAAGAGAAGCUGGCGAUGCAGGCUGGAACAUUGGUAUCAUCCUGAGUGGUGGUAACACCACUGUGGAAGCCAUUUCCAAACUCUUCGCUGCCCCGACCAAGACUGCAGAACGUGCAGAAGCGAAAGUCGGGAUCAAUGGCGAACGAGUCGCCGAGAAUGUCGCGGGGUAG